AUGACCUCUCACGCCACAUCCUCGCAUCCUCUUCCUCCUCCCCUCCAUCUAACAAUCCGCUUCUCAACAUCUCAACCAGACCUCGAACUCAAUAUCUCCACCCCUCAUACAACAACAGUUCUCGCUUUAAAACACCUCCUUCGCACACGGCUAUCGUCUCGCAGCCGGCUACGGCUCAUUUACCAGGGUCGCAUCCUACCUGAUGGUUCGGCACUCAGUUCAGUGCUCAAAGCACCUCCGCCGCCGCCGCGCGAUAAUGACGAUCCCAAAGGCAAGGGGAAGGCUGUUCAGGGCGCGAAUCUCACAAGAGUCUACGUGAACUGUUCAAUAGGAGAUGAACUGACGAGUGAAGAGUUGAAAACGGAAGAGGAGGAGGCGCUCAAGCCACCCAAAGAUGCGACUGGCGAUGAUGGAAAACCUACGACGUCAACGAGACCACGGCCAAGAGGAUUUGAUCGAUUGUUACAAUCUGGAAUCACGCCUUCCGAGAUUGCUACGCUCAGAACACAAUUCAAUUCUAUACACACAGCAGGCUUCACACCAGAUGCGAUGCCUUCGCCUGAUACCUUGCGCAAUAUGGAAGACGCAUGGAUAGAUAAUAAUGCAGAUGGCCUUCCAUCUGGAGCCAACCCUCUGGAAGACGAAAAUUCCGGUGUAGGGGUGCUUGACAUAUUAAUUAAGGCUAUGAUUGUCGGCUUCUUCUUCCCCCUGGGAAGCUUGGCAUGGCUGUUGCGCCAGGACGGAAUCUGGAAGACCACACCCGGUCACGAAUACUAA